UUCUGAGCACCUUAUGGGGACUAUUUACCUUUGAGGCUGUCUGCAGCCAUCAGCUCGUCACACAGUCAUACAUGCGUGGAGGAGAACAGUGGUGGAAGAUUUUUUCUGCUGAUCCCAGCACCUUUGGUUAUUAAGGGAAGCACCAGCACCUCCUUGAUCGGUUCCCUCCUCCUUUUUUUUUCUUCCUUUCUUUUUUCUUUUUCUUUUUUUUUGCCAAUCGCCAUCCCACGACAGCGUACCCGGAGGAAAGGAGUCGGGGAGGGGAAAGCGAGGACACACCCGCACAUACUGUACCCGGUGUACACGGCAAGGAUGCCGCAGACAACAUGAGGUGAAUAUCAUCGACUGUCCCAAAUUGGAAAUUCAUUUUAUACCUGCACUGGAAUCAGAUCGCCCGGUGAGCGCAGCUGGUUAUUCACUUCCCUAAUACCAGCGUCCAGCAGGAGCAUCAAAUCACAUCCAGAUGGGAAAAAAGAUGUCUGCACUCAGAUCCUAGGUGACAUCCUGUGGCCGUCAGGUCUUUACAGUGUUGAGCCCCCUCCCUCUCCUGGCCUCCGCCUGCAGUUCUUCAGGCUGCAGGACCCAGACUCACUGAAAAGUGCAGGCCUCCUCCCCCCGCAGAAUGACUGUUGCCACAGCCGACCCCUCUGACGAGGCGGCGGCGCACCCGGGUCACCCGCAGGACUACGACCCAGAGGCUGACCAUGAGUGUUGUGAGAGGGUGGUCAUCAACAUCUCAGGGCUGCGCUUUGAGACACAACUUAAAACGCUCUCCCAAUUUCCAGAGACUCUGCUGGGGGACCCCAAAAAAAGGAUGCGGUACUUUGACCCACUAAGGAACGAAUACUUUUUCGACAGAAAUCGACCCAGCUUUGAUGCCAUAUUGUAUUAUUACCAAUCAGGAGGCCGACUAAGAAGGCCAGUCAAUGUCACCGUAGAUAUUUUCUCAGAGGAGAUUCGCUUUUAUGAGCUGGGUGAGGAGGCAAUUGAGAUGUUCAGAGAAGACGAGGGUUUUAUCAAGGAGGAGGAGCGCCCUCUUCCUGACAACGAGUUUCAGAGACAAGUAUGGCUACUGUUUGAGUACCCAGAGAGCUCAGGUCCUGCAAGGAUUAUUGCCAUAAUCUCUGUCAUGGUCAUCCUCAUAUCUAUAGUCAGCUUCUGCUUGGAGACACUGCCCAUUUUCCGUAAUGAUGAAGAGGAAAUGCAUAAGUCUCAAGCAGAAGUCUUUUCGCCUGAGACCAACACCACAAUCAUCAGCUACACAGCCACUUACUUCACUGACCCCUUCUUUAUCCUAGAGACUCUUUGCAUUAUAUGGUUCUCCUUUGAGUUUCUAGUGCGCUUCUUUGCCUGCCCCAGCAAAGCAGGAUUUUUUGGUAAUAUAAUGAACAUUAUUGAUAUUGUUGCCAUCAUCCCUUACUUCAUCACUCUUGGCACAGAGCUAGCAGACAGACCAGAGGAUGGUCAAGCAGGUCAGCAAGCCAUGUCUUUAGCCAUUCUCAGGGUCAUCCGCUUGGUGCGAGUCUUCAGAAUAUUUAAGCUCUCUCGUCACUCUAAGGGGCUUCAGAUUUUGGGUCAGACCCUGAAAGCCAGCAUGAGAGAGCUUGGCCUCCUCAUUUUUUUCCUCUUCAUAGGAGUCAUCCUAUUCUCAAGCGCUGUCUACUUUGCUGAAGCAGAUGAGCCAGAGUCACAGUUUGAAAGCAUCCCAGAUGCGUUUUGGUGGGCUGUGGUCUCAAUGACAACAGUCGGCUACGGUGAUAUGGUCCCAACCACGAUUGGUGGCAAGAUUGUGGGCUCCCUCUGUGCCAUUGCAGGUGUGCUGACCAUUGCCUUGCCCGUGCCUGUCAUUGUGUCAAAUUUUAACUACUUCUAUCACCGUGAGACUGAAGGUGAAGAACAGGCGCAGUAUCUGCAGGUCAACGUGACCAAAGCUGAUUCAGCGGAGGAGCUGAAAAAGAGUCGGAGUGGCUCCACCAUCAGUAAAUCGGACUAUAUGGAGAUCCAGGAGGCUGUGAACAACAGCAACGAGGACUUUCAGGAGGAGAACCUAAAGACAGCCAACUGCACGCUGGCCAACACAAACUAUGUAAACAUCACCAAAAUGCUUACAGAUGUGUAGUCAUCUUAUAUUUUCCUCCCUGUCACAGUGGGAAAUGUGGAGCUGAGCAUCUGGGUGGGACAGGCAUACAUCCUCCCAUCUUAUGUGUGCUGAAAAUAUCAAGGCAAUAGAAUUCAUGCUGUUGAUGAUUGACUGAAAAAUAUUGCAAAUACCAUUCACUUCUUCUACGCCCAUCCUGUCUUCACUCGUCACAGCUUGUCCUUAAAACUCCUCAUUAAUGAGUGGAAAUUGAAAAUUUAGCAUUUCUGCAUGGAGUUGGCUUUCUUCUGUGUGACUGUUUUGAAAAGUAAAUGAUAAGACCUACAAAUUUCCCGCUCACAGUAGUAGUGCACAAAAAGAAAGUGGAGAAAACACAGUGAGAAAAGAAUCGCUUUCAAAAUGAAAAAAAAAAAAGUCACACAAGUCCCGCUUAAGUCCCCUGUCCCUUGAUCCCUCAUUUCCCAAGGCACACUGCUCUGCCAUGCGCUUCUGAAGAGCCCUACUUGUGCGCUACAUAUGCUGCUUCCUGGAGCCAGUGAAACAAAACUGUCCUGUGCUACACUAUUUAGAGAUAAAAAGGACGUGCGAGCAUAAAGCAAGCCCAGUCCAGCGCUGGCACGGCCUGUGGGUGACUUGUGACGAGGUUGGUGGUUAAGUACACCACAUAAUUUCAAGGAUGAAUGACAGCCAUCAGCACUAAGCUCAUGGUUUGACACCUUUGUUCCCAGUAGACAUCAGUAUCUGAUGAAUGACUGAGAAUGGCCUUGAAUUUUCACUGCUUUGGUCUUACAUGUACUGUACGUAUUGCAAUGCAAGCUUUCUCCCUCCAUUCACCCAAACUGGUCUUACUGCAGAGCUUUGAGGACAACUUGAAUGUUUCUUCUUGUUUUGUUUGUUUUCCACAGUUUCACACAUAAAGUACUUAUUCAUAUAUAGAUAGGUAGACUAACUGUGACUUAUCUGAUAGCCAGUAGGUAGGUGCUGUUAUUAGUAAACGUAGUCAGUAGAUAAUUGCAUGACAUUUUUAUCUGACUGAGAAAUUUCCACUUGUUUCUCGACUGCCACUUGCUUCAUCACACCACUGUAUAUUUGUUUGCACACUGCCUUCUGUACAAAUCCACACUUUUAAAAGGAUGCCUGCAGGUAGCUGUUACAAGAACCUAAAACUCUAUGUCAGAGGAUUUCUUAAGAAAUAAUCAUAAAGCCAAAUCCUACAUGUAACAGGAUAUGGUAUCCUUGUCAAUAUUAACAUUCCACGUAGAAGUCAUUACCAAUUAACUUUUGCCAGGUCGCUGUAAACUGAGCUACGAGCUGUGAUUUUGAGCGUUAACUCACACCCUAGUUUUGGACAUUUAUCGCAAUUGCAGAUGUGAUAGACUUGCAGUGGUGUUUUUUCUCACAGGUUUGUCACAUGAUCACGUCCUCACGAUCAAAAUACUAACUUUUAAGGACUAGUGUAUAGAAAAAUGCUUCCCCCAAACUGCCUUGUAUCUGGGUUUACGCUACUCUCCUAGUGUUGCAUGACCUCAGAAACAUUCCUAGCAUGUGUUUAAGCUCAAAGAAGAAGCCUCUAAGACAAAAAGAGUAUAAUUAUUACAAUAGACAUAUUUAUUUCCUAUGUAUAAAACAGUAAAUGUAUACUGACA